AUGAUUUGGUUGUUGAUGACGAUAUUUGAAACUAUUUUGAAUUUUGCUGCAUUUUUUUCAAGCAUAUUUUAUUUAUAUUUGAUUUAUCAAGCUAAUGUUCUUCAUUCUUACUGUAGGUUAGUGAUUUGUAAAUUAAAAAAAUCGGAAUUUUAUACUUUUUGAUUCAGAAUUUAUCUGAUUAUUUUGGGAAUCGGAAUGUUAUUUAUGACUUCGUAUGGUUUAUCGAUUUAUGAAUAUCUUGCAGCUGGACAGAAAUUUGCAUUAUUAGACGAAGGAGUUACAUGUUUGUUAGAUUUAUAAUGUUUUUUCUGCAAAUUAUCCUUUCCAGUUCGAUCUAAAACUUGGGAAUUUAUUCAUGAAGUUGGUUAUGCACUUGAAUCAAUGUCAAUGUUGUUUUUCUCAACGGGUAUUUAGUUUUUCUCUUUAUUUCUUUCUUUUCAAAAAUUCCGUUUUUAGAACGAUUGAUUGCUUCAAAAUAUCCGAUGCAAUAUAAUUCCGAACAUUUCAUUGUUUUCAUUAUUUUUAGUUUGAUUAUUUCAAUUGGCGUUGCUUUAUAUUUUAGUACGAGUAUUCAUGUUUAUGGGAUUUUAUAUUCUCCAACAGCAGUUGCCUCGGUUCUAGAUUUAUCAGCAUUAUUAGUGAGUAAUAAUUCAUAAGAUCACAAUUUUUUCUCAAUGCGAACACUUAAUUGAAGUUCGUGGGAAAAUGGUUAUAGAAAUAGAUUUGAUCUUUCUGAUUCAUCAAAUUCACCGAGAAAUUCAGAUAAUGAUAUUUGCAUGGCAUACAAGUUUACGUGUUUAUCGUCAAACAACUGGAGAAGUUGGAUUGAAUCGGAGAUUUCAAAUGUCUGAAGUAUUUGAAUGGACUUCAACUCUUCUUCCAGCGGCUCUUGGUGCAAUGAUUUGUAAACUUCUUUCUUCUUUAGCAAUCUGGACAUGGUUAAUUCUUGAAUUAACAAGUUCUGAUUAUGGUGUCGCUAACUUCAUUUACAAUAAUGUUAGAAGUUCACAACAAAAUAUCUUAUUCUCCCAAAUAUUCUUUCAGAUUCUCAAUGCUUAUAUCGUUGCUCUUCCAUGGAUUAUUGUAUUUCGAAAUCGAAAUUUGAAAAGAAAAUAUUUUUCCAAAUCUUCUCCCUCAUCCAAUAAUAAUAAUAAUGAGAAAAUUCGAACUUUAGAAGGCGACGAGAUAAAAUUACGUGGAUCACAAAACGAUUAUUUUGAGAUGUUACGUGAUUCUUGGAAACAUUAUGAAGUGUGA